AUGAGAACUAUUUCUGUACUUGAAAACAGUCUUAGCCAAUCAGAAGUUCUUGAGUCUCGGGACUACUCCGAUUUUUCAAAUACAGAAUACAGCGCACUAACAAAGUUUCCUAACGAAAAUGAACUUUCAGGAUUUCAGAGUAUUUUGACGCAUUUUUGUAAAGCAAGCUAUGAGUUUAUGUACAAAUUAGUAUCACAGAGUAUUUUACACUUUCUUAACUUCAAAAAUAUUGAUUGUAAGCUUGGUGAUGUAAAUAAUAACAUUAAACAGUUUUGCGAUAAGUUUGAUGCAGUAACUCAAGGUAUAGACUUAAUGCAAACGACUAAACAAGGUGAUGCGAAAAAGGUUGAACCAAAAUUUGAUGAAAAUCCUGAAAUUGAGGAUGAAAUUCCUGAAGAAGUGAUCGAUGAA